AUAUCAUAUAUCACUCCCAUCCCACAACACCGCAUCAUAAGACGGAGGGAGUGUUAAAACAUUUAUCCCUUCAAUUCUGCUAACCCUUUCGAACCUACAAGAGGAAUGGCAACUAAAUUACCCUUUAUUUAAUCUACGUUACCCUUGAUCAAUUUUCCCUUUAACAUAAACAUAAAUAACUAAAUAAAGCGAGUGGGUGGCUGGCGGUGGUGACUGGUGAUGACUCGGGACUCUGGGACCAAGCGACGUAAACACAGCCAGGCACACAAACUCAGCUGUGUUAGGAGUCACCACCCAACAACACGCCAGCCUCUAGUGAAUGAGUGGCUGGCUGCUCCUGGAUGUGUGGGGCCAGGGUAGUGUAGGAGAGGAGGCAGGGGAAAGGACGUGGGUGGCAGGGUACGGCGCCCCCAGCCAGCACAGGACAGCAGUAAAGGUUUGAGUCGUGAGAUGUGAAGUGGAGCUUGGUGUGGAGAGAAGGUGGAGAGAGCAGAGGAAGGAAGCAAGGAGGCAGGAACCAGCACAGCAGAGUUGGCUCAUUGCUGUGUAGGGAGUCAUCAUGGAGGCAGAGGAGCAGUGCAUGGAAGAAAUGACAACACAAACAUGCACAGAGAAUGAGGAAUAUAUCUGCAGUGAAAAUGAGAAGCAAGAAGUGGAGGCUGAGGGGCAGGACAAGGAAGAAAUGACACAGAGAUGCAUAAGGGAUAAGGAAUGUUUUGAUGCAGAGAGACAAGAAGAGAAGAGUAAAGAGCAGAACAAGGAAGUGACACAGAUAUACGUAAAGGAUAAGGAAUGUUUUGAUGAUCGAGAAAGGCAAGAAGAGGAGAGUACAGAGCAGGACAAGGAAGGAAUUAUACAAAUAUACAUGAAGAAUGAAGAAUGUUUUGAUGUAGAAAGACAAGAGGAGAGUACAGAGCAGGACAAGGAAGAAAUGACACAGAUAAAGAUGAAGAAUAAAGAAUGUUUUGAUGGAGAAAGACAAGAAGAGGAGAGUAAAGACCAGCGUAAGGAAGAAAUAACACAGAUAAAGAUGAAGAAUAAAGAAUGUUUUGACGAUGGAGAAGAAGAGAGUAAAGAACAGGACAAGGAAGAAAUGAUACAGACAUACAUGAAGGAUAAGGAAUGUUUUGACGGAGAAAGACAAGAAGAGGAGAGUAAAGAGCAGCAUGAGGAAGAAAUGCCACAGAUAUGCUUGAAGGAUAAGGAAUUUCUCAGUGAUGGAGAGAGACAAGAAGUGGAGAGCACAGAGCAGGACGAGGAAGAAGGAAUGAUGCAGACUUGUAUGGAGAAUGUGGAAUGUCUUAUCAGUGAGUGUGAAAAACAAGACAUGCAAAACUUUGAAGAUGGUGAGCCUUUACAGAACUCAGAUCUCACCCCAGUGGCUUCUGAGUCUCCUGAGAGUGUAGGUAGCAAGGAAAACACUAAUAACAGUAUUGAAUCUAUUAAUGAGGGUGUAAACUAUGGCAAAAACAUUAAUGGGGACUCCAUGAAUGAGGGUGAGAAGGAAGACAGUUUGGAGACAAGUGAAACGCUCGAAUUAAAAGCAGAAACAGGAAGGAGAAAGAGGAAGGAGAGUAAGGCAUUCCCGUGUGACAAGUGCGGCCGCAUAUCUCACUCCUCCGCCAACUUCAAGAAACACAUGAUGACCCACACAGGGGAGCGACCAUAUGUGUGCCACCUGUGCCACAAGACCUUCAGGCAGCGGCACCACCUGGCGGACCACUGGCGGGUGCACUCAGGGGAACGGCCCUUUAAAUGUGAAAUGUGCGACAGUCGGUUUAUUCAGAAGUCUUCCUUAAACAUGCAUAAAAAGCGUCAUUCAGGAGUGAAGGCGUUUUCAUGUAGUGAGUGUAGUUAUGCCACAUAUGAGAAGGUGCAUUUGAUGGCCCACAUGCGGACACACACCGGGGAGAAGCCAUACCAGUGUGAGGAGUGUGGCCAGGCCUUCUCCACAGCCACCAGACUCAAGUACCACCGCAUGAUUCACACUGGCGAGCGGAGGUACAAGUGUGGUGAGUGUGGCGUGCCAUUCCGGGAGAAGGUGACACUGCAGACACACAUGGCCGUCCACCUCAAGCUGGGGCCAUUUGAGUGUGAGGAGUGUGGCCAGGAGUUCCCCCGCCUGGCCAGUCUGUCGCUGCACCGCAAAGUUCACAACAACAAAGACAAUUACCUGUACGUGCAUGACAAGGAAGCCAACCAGUGCUUCAGAUCUGCCAUGGAGAAAGCCUCCCAUGAUAAGACGCCACAGGUUACCCAGCCAUCACAGCCAUCCGAGGAAACACUGAGGCAUGAGAGUGACUGGGAGGCAGAGUCAGGUGGCACAGACGCUCCCUCACCCCAUGGCACACCUGAGCAACCAGCAGUGAAGUAUGCAGAGCAAGGAACACCAGCCACCCCUCCCAGGCAUCCUCUGAGCCCAGCAUCUUGUAUAUCACCAGAAGCCAACAGUCCAUUGCUGAGUAAGAUUUCCUCUUCCCCAGAGACUGACUCACAGCACAGACUGAAGGAGAAUCUGGCGUCUAACCUGAAGUAUAGUUUUGAGGCGAGUGGCAGCGAUGUUGACCCAGCCCAGGUGAGAGAGGCGCUGGAGAAUGGCACUGUGCUGGAGACACAGGGUGACGACGGCAAGGGUUUCUUCAUUGUGUUGCCACCAGCACUGAAGAACAAGGACAUCAUGGUGCUGGCGGACUCCCACAGCCAUCCACAGCUAACAUUUCAGACUCCAUUCUUGAAGGACAGAGAUUCAGCCUUCGAGGGAAACCUGUCCCCGAACAUCCUGUCAGAGAAUGUCUUGGAGGGCCAUGGGGCGCUGUAUCCUGGGGUGGGGAUGGUGGAGGAGGUGCAUGAGUGUGACAUGGACUCUGUGGGCCUGGAGGAGGAGAUAUGCAGCGAGGUUGAAGGGGAAAUGAUACACCCAUGUGAGGCAGAGUCCAUUGAGUGCAUUUUCAACACAAACUGCCAGGAGGAAGUGUUGGAGCCCUUGGGUGGGUAUUCUGAGGCUGUUGAGGAGCACCUUUCACCUGACGGCACCUCACUUAUGCUGUGGAAGGACAACAGCACCAACCAGCUGGGCAACGUCACCUACAUCAUAGACGCUGGGAAGAAAGAACCCAUCAUCAUCCACACCCAAGAUGAAGGUUGUGUGCCUGACCUUACUGGCCUUGUGUCCUCAGCGAAGGGGAAGAGGCAGAGGGCCAAGGGAAGCCGGCAGGUCCUGAAAGAGAGGGAAGGCAGUAGUCUUGAGUUAGGAGAGUGUGUCAAGAUAAGGAUCAGCAGUAGGAAAGCCAGAAUCAAAAAGCAACGGUCCCAAAAGGUGUACACCUGUGAGCAUUGUGGAAAGCCUUGCAAGAGUUCAUCUAAUUACAUCGCCCACCUGCGGACACACUCAGGGGAGCGGCCUUACUUCUGUGCGCUGUGCUGGAUGGGUUUCAAACAGAUAUCCCACCUGCGGUCCCACAUCCGGGUGCACACAGGAGAGCGGCCCUACGUGUGCAACCUGUGCGACGCGGCCUUCACACAGUCCUCCAGGCUCAACUCCCACAAGAGGAACGUACACGCUGACGGACACACCCAAGUGAAGAAGAAAAAGGAAAAGGAGAAAUGCACGCCAGGAAGUAAGAUCAAGAAUUUUUUCUGCCAGCACUGCAACAAGACGUACAUCGGCGAGUGCCUCAAGGUGGAGCACAUGAAGACCCACCGCCACCUGCCGCAGUACGUGUGUGAAACGUGCAGCAUGCGGUUUAAAAACAAGACUUCCCUGCUGAGCCAUGCUGCCAAGCACUCUGACGGCCGGCAGGUGUGUGAGGUGUGUGGCGUAGAGGUGGCAAGCCUGCAGGACCUGGCCAGGCACACAGCCAUGGAGCACAACAGGAGUCUGGCCAGCGGCGACCCCGUUGACAUGUACAUCAACGUGAAGAUAGGAGAGGAAAGCGACUUCAUCGUCCUGAACCCAGCCGUGAAGGACAGUGUGGGUGGCGGGGUGGAGGUGCAGCUGAAGAGUGAGGGUGUGGCGGAGGCAGAUGCGGAGUCAGGCCUGUGUGAGGUGAAGCAGGAAGUGAUCCACCUGACUGACAUGGAUGGCACUGUCAAGAGUGAAGUGGAGGUGAUGUCAACACAGGUGAAGGUCAAGGAAGAGGAAGUGGCUGUGCAUGACAUCACUCACACAUCCCCACUCAAAGACAAACACCACAGUGAUCAGCAGCAGCAGCAGCAGCAAGAGGAGGAGGAGGAGGAAGAGGAAAGCUCCGGCCUGUUAACAGACUCAGCAAGGGAAGCCCCAGGAAGUGAUGAGGAUGAAGAGGACACGGCCAAGGAAAGGGAGAUGAAAGACAAACCAUUCAUCACGUAUAUAGAUGAGGUGGGCAAGAAGGUGUGGCUGUGCAAGGUGUGUGACCGAUCAUUUGGUCAGUCAUCUAAUCUGUACUGCCACCUGCGCAUGCACACCGGGGACAAGCCCUACCAUUGCAGUGUGUGUCCCCGCGCCUUCCGCCAGAUCUCCCACCUCAAGGAUCAUAUGCGGCGCCACACUGGGGCCAAACCACACCGCUGCAGCCGCUGUGGCAAGUGCUUCACCCAGCGGUCAGCUGUGCGGCGCCACAUCAGGGUGCUGCACAAUGGUGACGCUGUGGCCUUGAGGGAUCCGGAGAGCGGCCUCACCAAGGAGGUCAUUGAUACGCUGAGGGAGGAGUGUGGGCUGCUGUCUCAGGAUGUAGAGGAGGGGAAUGCUCUAGCCACCAGUACACACACACUCCUUCAGGAGGAGGACAACCAGAACAUAUCCUAUGCUUGUAAACUGUGUCAGAAGCAGUUCAGUCAAGCCUCUAGUCUUAAUGCACACACAAAAAGAUGCAGAAAAUCUUUAAAACUUGUUCCAGCAGAGGACACAUGCUGUGUUUGUGCGAAGAGCUUCUCCUCUGCCACCCAGCUGCUGAGUCACCAGGAGGCUUGCAGCUUGAUGCAGCAUGACCAUGACCUGAAAAAUAAGACUGAAACAACACCAAGGAGUGCUGAAAAGUGUGUAAGUGACCUCAAAAAGUCACAUUGCAAGAAUAAUGGAGAUACAGAAAGUAAAAAGAGUAGACACAAGCUGGUGAAAAGAGCAAGUGUUAAUAGUAACAAUCUUGUGACUCAGAAUCAGUUCAAAUGCAAGGAUUGUGGGGAAGUGUUGCAGGGCAUGGCAUCAUACAAGGCACACCUGCAGGCCCACAGUGAGGAGCUGCAGCAAGUGUGUGUGAUGUGCGGGGAGGCCUUCAAGCGAGCCUCCGCUCUGAGGUACCACCAGAGCAUGAAGCAUGGCAGGGAGGACAGGCGGUACAAAGACUUCUGCUCCACCAUGCAGGAAGGCAACACAGAGGAGGACAUUGUUAAGGUGAAGAUCGAGACAGAUUCUGAGGAGAGUUUGACCUUAACUGAGGAAGAUGAAAUGGAGGAAGGCAGUGACAGAGAACCAAAUACCAGAGUGAAGCCAAGGAAGAUAUUUUUGAUGCGUAAAUCAAAACGAGAUUUGAAAAGCACCACAAGAGACACCCUGAGAAGUGUAAGUGGCACAACUCGGAGGGAUAGUGAGAAUGAUAAGGAAGUCAAUGAAAACUCUACUGAUAAUUUAGAUAGCAAUAGCUAUGUGUGCAGUGCAUGUGGCAUGGCAUUCUCUCGCUCCUCCAAGCUGCGGCACCACACAGCCAUGUGGUGCAGGGGACGGCGCGGCACACGGCUCAAUGCCAAGAGGCGCCCACUUCAUGCCGAAAAGUCUCCGGUGAAAGUCAGUAAAGUGGACAGGACACCAGAGAACCACAGAAGUAAAGGCACUGCAGCUUCACCAGCUGCCUGUGCCACACCAGAGUCUGUGAGUGAACCUUUAGUGAGUGAGAGAGACAGUGACGUUCCUGCUGCCACUGCAAGAGUCAAGGAGAGAAGUGUGAAGCUGAGUAGUGAUGUGUUGCAUUGUGACACCUGUGAUACGUGUUUUCCAGACACAGAGGCGCGUAACAAGCACGUGUGUUCCCAAGCCAGUGAGAAACCCUUCAGGUGUGAACACUGCCUGCUGAGGUUCAGGCGCAAGGCUCACCUCUUCAACCAUUACAGAAGGCAUGCCAGGGAGGCCUUGUAGAGCCCUACUACUGCACACACACACACACACACACACACACACACACACACACACACACACACACACACACACACACACACACACCUUGUAUUGACACAGUUGAACUGAUAGUACAAAGCAUCAGUCUUGACUCAAUUGAGUGAUAGGAGCAAGAAAGUUUACACCUUUAAUUGUAUAUAAUGUUAGCAUUGAAUGUGAUUGGAUUGUAGAAGUAUUUAUAUUUUUUAUAGAAUGUUUAGUUAAUUUUUGGAGUUAACCAAUACAUGAUGUAAUGUGUGAAAAAAAUUAAGUUAUGAUCUUAGUGCUCAAAGAAAUACUUACAACAUUUUAUUUUCAUCAAGGAUAAGUAAAAAAAAGUGUAUACGGCUGGUCUAUUCUGGAAUAAGACACUUGAAUUACAUACAGGAGGUGUGAUCAAAAGUUCCUGGACGGCUUCCAGACUAAAGCAAGGAGGCAUGAGGGCACAGUGGGAGAGACGAGUGCCCUGUGUGUGUGUGUGUGUGUGUGUGUGUGUGUGUGUGUGUGUGUGUGUGUGUGUGUGUGUGUGUGUGUGUGUGACCAUCAGAGGUGUGUGUGUGUGUGUGUGUGUCCAGUGUGUGCAGAUAUACUGUGUCAUUUAGAACAGUUGAUGCAAUCCUCAUAUCCACCAGGAACAAGCACUGUGUUUCUGGCAAGGCUGUGUCCAUGUGCCCCAUUCUACCAUGACAACACACAAUUACUUCAAAGUGUUCGAACUGCACUCUCCAUUCACAUCAGCACAGUUAGCGUGGCCCCCUGUGGCCUCCUCUGCUUCCUCUAGACCAGUGUUUGCCUUCCUGACUCUUUGCAGGAAACCCAACACUGCUUACAGAAAGUAAGACACACACACACACACACACACACACACACACACACACACACACACACACACACACACACACACACACACACACACACACACACACACACACACACACAGCCUCCAGGAAGUGUUUAGUGUGUGGGGAAACAUGGGAAACAUUUGAGGAGUGUUCUGGUGCACAAAGCCACUAAUCCAAAGGAAAUGGUACAAAAAUUUAAAUCCAAAAGUUUAUUGUAUUUUAUAUAAUUUGAGUUUUUAAUCACAUCUCAGGAACUUAUAUCUCAAAAUAGAACAAUGUUUCCUUAAGUAGGCUACAUAAUGCAGAGGAUCUAAACAUACAUUACUAAGAGAAUGUGUUGCAUGUUCAGAAGAUCCUUGCUAUCACAACAUUACAACUGCCCUGACAGCACAAGGUGUUUGUUGGCUAUUUACUUUGACAAGAUGCUGUAUUGCGUGGAGCCAGGCGGUGUGUUCUGUUUUAGUGAUGUUGCAGACUUCACCUAAAUUGUCUUGUUACCAAUGUUCUCGCCACGCUGUCCAUCACCUUGUCUCUCCAGUAAGUUCCAAAGACAGCCAUGCGUUCAGGACUCUUCAGUAAUGCAGGCUAAGGUGAUCCAGAGGCUUUACUCCCUGCCCCAUGCCCUCCCCUGCCUUCUUCCAGUGCAGCCUCUUGAUCAUCUCACCCAUCAUUGACUACAGUUGUUAUGGUCAUUAUCAAGUUCCAGAAGGCAGCAAGCUACAGUAUUAUUAGUCUUUAUUUUUAUUAUUUUGUUUCUUUUUAUGCGUGUCAUGUGACUGAUUAACUGUGAUCUUGUGUGAAGGAAGACAAGCAAUAAAAUGUAAGUAACAAAUUGA